AUGUCGUCGAAUCGAGUCAAGCUUAAAUCGAACGAACCACAAUCAAUCGCAACAUCUGUCUGCACCUCAUGCAAAUCGACAUAUGAAUUCACCGUACCUGCUCUGAUACCGUCUCCUGCUGGCACAAUCUAUGAAGUCGACUGCUAUAAAUGCAAUACAACCAAUGAGAUUCCGUCGACUCGGAUACGAAUGAAGGGAACUCCUGAACUACCAAGUACCAGUAGCAGUAGUAGCAAUAAUGGAUCGAAUAGUAAGAAUGGUCAGUCAAAGAGUUCCAAGCCAUUCAGUUUUGGAGGAAAGACGGGUACAGACGAAAAUCCGGUUGAUAUGGAAUACUAUAACGUUCUCGGCGUGGAUUCAAAAGCAACGCCUGCUCAAGUUAAGAAAGCAUACUACCAAAUGGCCAUGAAAGCACAUCCAGAUAAGAAUAGAGAUGAUCCCAACGCCGAUGAAAAGUUUAAAAAGAUAUCUGAAGCCUACCAGGUUCUAUUCGAUCCGCAAAGAAGAGCACACUAUAAUCAAUAUGGCAAAGCAGCACCAUCGGAAGCCGCAUUCGUCGAUCCAGAAGAAUUCUUCAAACAACAAUUUGGCGGUGACAAGUUUGUGGAUAUCAUUGGUGAGAUAUCUAUAGCCAAAGACUUUAAAGAAGCCAUGAAUGUGAUGCAACAGAGUGAUAAUAAUGGUGGCACUGGUGCCACACCCAGUGAAGGUGCAGCUAGCUUGCUACAAGGUGGAAUGUCACUAGAUGAACGAACACAGAUACGAACCGAACGUGUGAAUAAACUCGUUACGAACCUAGUAGAUAAAUUAUCAUUAUACACGGAUGCAUGGCCAGUGAAUACUGGUGAUCCAGAUGGUCCUAUUGGAACGACAGAACAGCAAUUGUCAACCGAGGCUCUGGAUACGUUUUCCCAAGUUGCCCAGCUCGAAGCUGAAUCCCUAAAGACCGAAUCGUAUGGUGUAGAGCUACUUCAGGCUAUUGGAUAUGUGUACUCGGCUAAAGCUGAUCAAUGGCUUUCUCGAAUGGAUACAGAUGAAGGACACUUGUUUAAGAAAGUCUGGGGUUUUAGUAAUCGUCUGAACUCGUAUGUGAAGGAAAAGAGUCAUAUACUGGGUGAAACUGUGGGUACAUUCCGUACUGCGCUGGAUUUGCAAUCUUCAUUUGCUAAACUGCAGGAUAUGGAAAAGAAGAAGGAGGAACGACGCAGUACGCGUGCUGAAGGUGAUGCUGAAAACAAGGAGAUCAAUCAAGAUGAAGAGGACGAUGGAUUAACGCAAGAAGAACGAGAAUUAAAGACAAAAUUAGAAUACGAAGCUGCUACUAAAGGCUUAGAAACUCUAUGGAGAGGAUCUAAACUGGAGGUUGAAGCAGUAUUGCGCGAAGUCUGUGAUAAAGUAUUAGGUGACGAAAGUGUACCUGCUGCCAUCAGAAGGAGGAGAGCAGAUGGACUGAAAGCACUAGGGGCAGUGUUUAGAAGUGUGAAGAGGGACGAUGGUGUGUUGCCUGGAGGAGCCAAUCCGCUACUCAACCCCAUGCCACCUCAGUAA